AUGGCUGGUGUUCUUAACAAAUGUGAACAGGUUUCCGUCGUACUUUUUGUUCCUUCUGGGCAUUAUCACGUUGAAGAUUCCCGAUCGGAUUCCUUGCGAACUGUGGCUAACUGCGUGGAACAGUCUGAUCCGGUCGAAAAAUGGCUCGAGGUCAUCAAAAGAUCCAGUCUCAGCAGAAGGCACAAAAGAGGGCUGAGGCAGCUAAAAAAUCCCAGGGUUGCGACCAGAAAGGAGCCGCUCAGAAAGCUCUACACCACAAAUGCACGGUUUGUAUGGCUCAGAUGCCAGAUCCGAAGACGUACAAGCAGCACUUCGAAAGCAAGCAUCCGAAAGCGCCGCUACCAGCUGAGCUUGUCGAUGUUCAGGCUUAAGAGAAACGCUCGCUCUUCUCAAGAUAUGGAUUCUGAGGGUUAUGUUCCGGUCGUACGAAAUGGGCUAGAACUAUGGUUCGCAGUUCCUCUCAGCCAUGUGGCGGUUAAUUUUAAUAAUUGA